GCGCACCGUAGCGCAGUCCCAAGAUGGCGGCCACCAUGAAGAAGGCGGCUGCAGAAGAUGUCAAUGUCACUUUUGAGGAUCAACAAAAGAUAAACAAAUUUGCACGGAAUACAAGUAGGAUCACAGAGCUGAAGGAAGAAAUAGAAGUAAAAAAGAAACAACUCCAGAAUUUAGAAGAUGCCUGUGAGGACAUCAUGCUUGCAGAUGACGACUGCUUAAUGAUACCUUAUCAGAUUGGCGAUGUUUUCAUUAGUCAUUCUCAAGAAGAAACACAAGAAAUGUUAGAAGAAGCCAAGAAAAAUUUGCAAGAAGAAAUUGACGCCUUAGAAUCCAGAGUGGAAUCAAUUCAGCGGGUGUUAGCAGAUUUGAAAGUUCAGUUAUAUGCAAAAUUUGGAAGUAACAUAAACCUUGAAGCUGAUGAAAGUUAAACAUUUUAUAAAAUUUUUUUAAUUUGUUUAAUAAACUUGAAUAUUGUUUAAAAUGAUAAUUUCCC